AGAAGGAAUAUAUCUUUUUUUCUUUUUCCUUUUCCAAAACUGUAAGAAUAAUUUAAUGUGUUGGGUGUAUAAAUACAAAAAUACUGAUCCAGAUUAAUCCAACGACGACCAUCAAAUCUAACCAUCCAAACAGAAAACACACUACCAAACCCUAAUCUGAAACGAUCAUUUCCUCUCUCUCUUUCUCUCUCUAUCAACUGCCAAACUCCGGCGUCUAAUUUCUCUCCUUCCUACCCGAUCCACAACCUUCCGACCUUCUCCUUUAAGAUCUCUCCCCACGCGCCUGCUAAGCUGGACCACGCGCCUGUUUCCGCCUCCAUGAUGGUUGUGAGCGGAGGGAAGGGCCUCAAACGCGCCGCGAAGAAGAGAGUCACCGCCGAUUUCUACGACUUCCUUACGUUCCCUUCGCCGUCCCUCGCCGAGGCGGAGAACUUCGCCGGCGGUCCCUUUCGUUCUAACGUUCGCUCCUUUCUGACGAAGCACGCGCUGCUUCCGCCGCCGUACGCGCUGUUCCCCCACCUGCUGACGUGGCAGAUACUCUUCCGCGUUGGCGAGCUUACCGAAGGCCCCGACUCGCCUGUUGUGUGCCUUGACGUCGUGGAAGAAGACGUCGCCAGAUCCAGAUCCGUUUACUGUGAUCAGUGCCGUGUUUUCGGUUGGAGCGGCCAUCCAGUGUGCGGUAAGCGGUACCAUUUUAUAAUCAAAGCCGAUGGAAGCUCUAUUGGUGGGUACCACAAGCCGUGUAUGUGUUGUGGAGACAUCCUGCAUUUGUCAGAAUCCAAAUGCAAGUCUUGCAAUCACGUGACCACCACUGAUGACGUUGAAGACUGGGUGUACCACCAAUUAGAGAACACGACUCAUCUUUUACACGGCGUAGUCCACGGCAAUGGAUAUGGGCACCUUCUACGGGUUAAUGGCAGAGAAGGGGGCUCUAGAUUUCUUUCUGGUUGUCAUAUUAUGGAUUUCUGGGAUCGCCUAUGCAACACUCUUGGAGUUAGAAAAGUUAGCGUGAUGGAUGUUUCAAAGAAAUAUGGCCUAGAGUAUCGCUUGCUCCAUGCCAUUAUGAAGGGACACCCAUGGUAUGGUGACUGGGGUUAUAGAUUUGGCUCUGGUAGCUAUUGUCUCACGCAUGAAGCAUACAAGUCUGCUGUUCAAAACCUAUCCAACCUACCCUUGUCCAACUUUUCACAGGGACAGAUGCCGGUACCCCAUUCCCGUGUGCAGGACAUGAUAAAAUAUUUCCAGUCUUUGUCAGAGCAUGAUCUUGUAAAUAUAAGAGACCUCUUUUGUUUCAUAAUGGGUUUGAUUGGUGAUGCUCGCAAGAGUGUAUCAAAUGUUGAUGACACAGCCUGCAAGAAGCGUCGUUUUAAUGCUUCUGGACUGUCAAUUUCUUGGGAGAAGGCUGACAUUGAACGUGUGGAGCAAGCUAUGAUCAGAGUGCUGCGUGCAGUGUCCGAGUCUAAGUGGGUAAACUGGCGUGCUCUUAGGGGUGCGGCCUGCAAGGUGGGCUCUCCAGAACUUCUUGAUUAUUGCCUGGGAGAACUGGGGGGAAAAAUGGUCUAUGGUGGAAUGGUUGUUAAUAGCCGAUGCAAUCCUCAAACUGGAGUUUAUGAGUUCAGACUUGAGCCUGCCACUGGUGCUUGCUAUGGAGUUUUAGCGAACAAUAACUCUUCAGGCUCGAAGUAUCCAUCCGAAGAAAACCUCCUACAGUGCUUAAGAUAUUUAUACGACUCUUUGCUUCAUCCACAGAUGAUGGUAAACUAUGUUGAAGCAGGGACGAGGACUCUCGCGAUGAGCUCAGUUCAGAAGCUUUUUGACUGCAAGCAGUUUGUGAAAGAUUAUAGUCCCGAGUUGUUACCAUUGUCAGAUUUGCACAAAUUACGCAUCUCAUGUCAGGUUGAAAUCGUGGAUGAAUCUGAAGAUCCAGAAGCCAUAGCUCCAACGGAAUUAAUUGUGCUGCCCAUGAACGCCACAGUGGCCGAGCUUAAAAGUCAAGCAGCGAUUGCUUUUCAAGAUGUAUAUCUAAUGUUUAGAAGAUUUCAAGUUGACGAGCUAGUAGGCUAUAGCGGUGUUGAAGAUUCCACCCAGGUCAAGCUCUUGUUAGGAUCGAAAGAUGUAGUUUGUGUUCGAGGAAGAUGCAUUGGGAAAAAUGGGUUAAGUAAGUUCCGGAUGGAACGUGGACUUGAGAGGUGGACUGUAGAUUGCAGCUGUGGGGCCAAGGAUGACGAUGGGGAGAGAAUGUUGGCGUGCGAUAUAUGUGGAGUGUGGCGGCACACUAGGUGUUCUGACAUCCAUGAUACUGAUCCCGUUCCAGCACGAUUUGUUUGCCUCAAAUGCCAAAACAAUGAAUCAAAACUCAAAUCUGGUGGCCACUGCAAAGAUGAGACUGUCACUAACGUUACCACUCCCACUAGUUGUUUCGGAAAAACCUUCCCAGUGCCAUCUGAUGUCAGUUAGUUACGUUGCUAAUCAGAUUUGUACGGAAAGCUCCUCCUUUUUAUGUUUUUUUUUUUUUGCCUAGGCCUGAAUGAACCUGUACAUAACACACAGAUAGGCCUUAGAGAUAGGUUCAGGGACAGGGCAUGUCUUGUUCAUAUUUCAGGUUCUACCUUAGCUUGUUUAUUUUGUGUACAUAGUAGUCACUGACCGAAAGAUGUGGAAGCCGUAAAAUCCAAAUAUUCAACUUUCUUUUCUUCCCUUCUAA